GCUGCCGUCCGGGUUACUCGGCAACUUUCUUCCCGUAUUACAGAAUCCGCCUUUCCAACCGGGGACAGUUAAGGAAGAGUUAGUUAGUUGCGUCGGCUUAAAUGCAUAGGUAACUUUUUUAUUUAAACAAAAGUCAACUAAUGAAUAUGUUUUCAAAAAGACUGGGAGGUAUUUUAACUGUGUGGCAUAGGUGGAUGUUCAGUUUCACCUUAAUGUAUACGCUGGUCGUCUUACCCGCUUUCUCUGCGGGAAAGACAAUGAAAUACCAAACCUACGAAGAAGACGCUCCUGAUACGGUGAUUGGGAACCUUGCCAAGGACAUGUUCUUAAAUGCCGGCCUGGAUACCAAAACCAGUUUCAGGAUGAUGAAACAGUUCAACGCUUCUUUUAUCAGACUGAGAGAAAGCGACGGGCAUCUUACCAUUGGCGAGCGGAUAGACAGAGAGAGAAUGUGUAAGAAUUCUCUCCAGUGUCUCAUCGCUUUCGACGUUGUCUAUUUCUCCAAAGAGCAGUUUAAAUUAAUCCACGUUGAAGUUGAAGUAAAGGACAUCAACGACAACUCUCCCGAGUUCCCCAACAAGGAAUCGACCAUAGAGAUUUCUGAAAACGCAGCGCUUGGGCUCCGAGUCCCUUUAGAUGUUGCCGUGGAUGAAGACGUGGGCGCAAACUACAUUCAAAGCUACCAAAUUUCAGUAAACAGUCAUUUCACUAUUGAUGUGCUCAUCAGAGCAGAUGGGGUUAAAUAUGCGGAGUUGGUGCUAAUGAAAGAGCUUGACAGGGAGACUCAGUCAUUUCAUCUUCUCGAGCUUGUUGCUGUCGAUGGAGGAAACCCUUCCAGGUCUGGUACUACAAAAAUAAACGUCAAAGUCAAAGAUUUCAACGACAACAGUCCGAUUUUCGAACAGAGUAACGUAUCUGUUGACUUAUUCGAAGACGCACCGGUUGGGCUUCUUUUGCUGGAUCUAAAUGCAGUUGAUCCCGACGAGGGCUUAAACGGUGAGGUUGUUUAUGCAUUUGGAAAUCACGUAUCUGCCGAGAUACGGCAACUUUUCAAAGUGGAUCGUAAAACUGGUAGAUUAACACUUGAAAAUCCAGUCGAUUUCGAGACAAAGAAAACCUUUGAAUUAGACAUACAAGCAUAUGAUUUAGGUGCCAAUCCGACGCCGUCUACGUGCAAAAUAAUUAUUCAAGUGCAAGAUGUUAAUGACAAUGCUCCAGAAAUUAGUAUCACACCCAUGACUUCCAUCACGGCAGGUAUUGCGUACAUUACAGAGGCUGCGGCCAAAGACAGCUUCGUCGCUCUGAUCAGCACCUCGGAUAGAGACUCCGGGGCAAACGGACAGGUUCACUGCACGCUGUACGGGCACGAUCAUUUCAAACUUCAGCAGGCAUACGAAGACAGCUAUAUGAUUGUCACCACGGCGCCCCUAGACAGGGAAAAAAUUGCAGAAUACAACUUAACGGUAGUUGCCGAAGAUCUGGGAUCGCCGCCUUUCAGAACAAUAACGCAGUACACUAUUCGGCUAAGCGACGAGAACGACAACGCCCCUCUCUUCAGCAAACAAGUGUACGAAGUUUCCAUAGCGGAAAAUAACGCGCCCGGCGCGUGUAUCACCACUGUCGUGGCCAGAGAUCUGGAUCUGGGGCAGAAUGGCAAAGUUAUUUAUAGACUUUUGGAUUCUUAUGUCAUGGGGUCUCCGGUGGCUACCUUUGUGUCCCUUGACCCCAGCACGGGUGCAAUCUAUGCACUGAGAAGUUUCAACUACGAAGUGAUGAAGCAGCUGUCGCUGCAAGUGCAAGCGGCCGACGGGGGCUCGCCACAGCUUCACAGCAAGGCAGCCAUCAACCUAAAGAUAGUUGAUCAAAAUGACAACGCACCUUCCAUCACGCAACCCACCCUAAAAAACGGAUCCGCCGAACUCUUGCUACCAAAAGAUGCACCUUCAGGUUAUAUUGUAACCCAGAUAAAAGCUAAAGACGACGACGAGGGGGCAAACGCAGAACUGUCUUACAAAAUUGUUAACGGGGAAGGUUCGUUAUUUUCCAUCAACAGAUCCACGGGGGAUAUAUAUUUAAAGCAUGCACUGAACUAUGAUGUUAACGAAAGCUUGCAAAUCACAGUAACGGUCAGUGACAACGGGAGACCUUCGCUGACAUCGGCCGCCAAUAUCCGCUUCGCCGUCACUGCCGGAGCCCCCACAGGCCGCCGCACCACUCUUAAGCGGAAUAAUAAAGACGACUUCAUGCGAUGGGACACUUCAACGGUGCUAAUUCUCGUUCUGGCAGGGAGUUGCUCCAUCCUCCUGCUCGCCAUCAUCUUGAUCGCAACGACCUGCAACCAGCGGAAGAGGCUGAGAAAAAGCGGCUUCCCAGAAGGUUUGGAUAUGCCGCAAUUAGAGAAGGAGGAUAUGGGCAGCGACUCUCUGAUCUUAAAUCACAAUGGCGACGUGUUUGAGAGCCACACGUUUUCCACUAAAUCCGACACGGACAAUAACGUGCGAUCCUGUUCUGAAAAUGGAAACGAAAGGACGCGGACUUACGAUCCUGAAAACAGGAUGCGAGGUGUCAAGCUGGAGGGAUACUCUACGCUUCCUGGGUACGGAAAAGAAGCUGCAAAGCCAAUGGCAAUAUGGAAGGGCAACUCGUACUCUGCCAUCUCAGGCAGAGACCCCCAGUUCAGCGGAAAAGACAGUGGGAAGGGAGACAGCGAUUUCAACGACAGUGAUUCAGAUAUAAGUGGAGAUGGACUAAAAAAGGACUGUCCCCAAAACAUUCAGAAAGGUCUGUGGGCGUGUACGAGCGAGUGCAAGAUCCUGGGCCACUCGGACCGGUGCUGGAGCCCUUCGGCAUCCCGCGCUAACGGCAGCUGCUUUGCCAAGACUGCGUCUCUCCCACGGGACGCGCAUAGGAGAGACAACUGUUACCAAGCGCACAUACCGAAGACAGUUGGUUUGCAAAGCGUGUAUGAGAAAGUUCAGCACAGAGAUUAUGACCAUGUUCUAGUUUCACCACAGCAGCCUGUCAGGGCACAAGGAACUAAUGAGAGCCCCCUUCCGGUGUUCUCCCCCUCUACAACGCGCUGUCCGACAAAUAAUGUUUAACGGUUUAGUCAAAUUUCAGGCGUUUUUGACAAUGUCUAGUGGAAAUAAAGUAUCUCACUUGAGGGCUUUGAGGUAUUUAAUUUAUAUUAAUGUAAGUCGAUUGCAUCCAGUCACUUGUAUGAACAAUACUAUGUAUAUUAUGCAAAUUUUUGUACAUAUAGUAUAUUUUUGUAAGACAAAAUGCAACUGUAAAUGAAAUAUUUGUUUUAAAAGCAUGCUUUUAAUGAAACAAUUGCGACUGCAACCACACUUCCUUAGGUUUUCAGUAUGGACAAACCCCGUAUGAAGCAGAGAAAGAUGUGGAUUUUUAACAUUAAUGUGUUUAUAUUUGUUUACGCCUUCAUGACAAUUUGCUGAAAAUAAAUGGUCAAAUCUUGUUUAUUUUA